UCAAACUACAAUUCAUUCCCUGUUGGAUUAGUUUGUCUGUCUGCUUAAUUAGGAAGCAUGGAUGCUAAUUCGGUUCAUCAGCCAGAUCCAUUUACGAACACAGCUGUAUCUCUGAGUGCGAUUCUACCGGAGGUUCUUAAAGAAGAUAAUUAUGAAAGGUGGAGUAUUUUAAUGCAACACUAUUUAGUAGCUCAAGGUCUUUGGGAUGUUGUUCUAUCAAGUCAGAUUCCUUGCGCUGAAGAUUCAGGCGAUUGGAUUAAAAAGAAUGCUUUAGCUCUGCUUGCAAUUAAGACUUCAUGUGGAGCAAAAACGUUCGAUCAGCUUAAGAAUAUGAAUUCAGCCAAAGAUGUAUGGGAUGCAUUGGCUGAUUUGCAUAAACCACCGAAUGAUGCAGGGGUAUUGGACAACAAUGAAAGGACUGAAUUUGUGACUCUAUUCAAAGACAUCUACGAUGGGAAUUGGAAUGCCCUAAAUUCCUUAGACAGAAUAAUUGAAAUAAUUUUUCCUGGCGGUUUUACUGUUCUGCAUAUUGCAACUAUUGCUGGUCACUUGAAGGUUGUCAAUGAAUUGGUUAAGAUAGUGGGAGAAGAGUACUUGGAAAUACAGGAUGAUAAUGGUGAUACAGCUCUUUCUCAUGCUGCUUGUAAUGGAGAAAUGAAGAUUGCAGAAUGCUUGGUUCAAAAGAAUGAUAAAUUGCUUACCAUUAGGAACAAUGAAGGACACAUACCACUUGUGGCCGCAUGUUUCAACAAGAAGAAGGAUAUGUCAUCCUAUCUUUGCUCCAUAACUCCGCUUGAGUUCUUACUUCCAGAAAAUAGCAACCAGGGAACUUUGUUCCUCAAAUACUGUCUACUCAACUCCAUGUUUGAUGUUGGUUUGGAUCUAUUCCUUCGUUGUCCGCAAUUGGCAACUACUACUAGAGAAUCCAUUACUAUUUCACAAUUGUCUGUUCACCCUUCUUUAUUCCGUAGCGAAACAUGGCUUGACCCUUAUAACAAAUUUUUCUAUAAAUACCUAUGCAUUGUUAAACUACCAUCUCCCUCUGAGGGCAUGCAUAGAAGUAGACAUAAAAUCUUCCAAUCACACGUAGCAUGGGUUAAAGUAAUAGAUGGAAUAUUGGAACUCCCUUUUUUUAUACCCCGUCGAUUCUAUGGAGCUGCUAGACUGAAGGACCUAUAUAAACAGAAGUUAACCCAUAUGUAUGCCAAUUCGGUUUUGCAAUACUGGUGCAAGGAAAUAUCAACCUACCGGAAUACCAGACAACUUGUUGAAAGUGGAACAAUCUCUGCAAUUUUCGAAGCAAUCAAGAAUGGCACAGUCGAAAUUGUGAUUGAGAUCCUUAAAGCAAACCCAGAUUUAAUUUGGUGCAAUAAAAAGCUUUCAAGAGAUAUACUCAUCGCUGCAAUCAAGCAUCGUCAAGGAAGGAUUUUAGAGUUUGUUUAUAGACUUGAUGCAGGAAAGAAAGCAUUUCUCUCUAUAGGAGAUGAAGAUGGAAACAACGUGUUGCAUCUAGUGGCUAAGUUACCUGACGAUCGAAUUUAUAACGUUCUCUAUCCAGCUUGGGUUAUGCAACGAGAAAUAAAGUGGUUCGAGGAAGUUAGUAAUGUUCUUCCACGAUGGUAUCGACAAGCCAAAAACCUUUAUGGUGAAACUCCACACCAAGUUUUCCGCAAAGAACACCAGCAAUUGACAAAAGAAGCGAAUGAAUGGGCAAAGAAAACUGCGGAUUCUUAUAUUCUCGUCCCUGUUUUAAUUGUCACCAUUAUGUUUGCAGCACUUUUUACAGUUCCUGGCGGCAACAAUAAAGAAACCGAUGUCCCCAUAUUAUUGCACAGAAAGCUGUUUUCCGGGUUUCUAGUAUGUGAUGUGGUGUCCUUCCUUGCUGCAUCAGCAUCAAUGCUGAGAUUUCUAGAUAUACUCGCACAAUCCCAUGGUCCAGUUCGUCUUCGCCAAAUUCUGCCCUUCCAUUCGAUGUUGGCUAUUUCCUUACUCGCAAUUUCAAUAGUAACAAUGAUCCUGGCCUUCAUUUUUGCUCUUACGAUGAUGUUGCAAAAGAAGUGGCAGGUGCUACCGGCUAUCAUAAUAUACCUACCUGUAUUUACCAUCUCCAUUUUGAUUGGCUGGCUAUAUCCCACCAUUUGUAAUGUCUAUACAAUGACGUUUCGACCAAUAAUCUUCAAGAGAUGACCAAUGGACGGUAUUUAUUGAAGCAUCUCCACAGUUUUUUAUGGUGUCAAAUCAUUUGCAUUUUUUGUAAUUUUGUAACGUCUGCAAUAUUAUGUUAAUUAUGAACUUUUUCUCUUUUUCGAAAAUAUCUGGUGUUACACAUUUUUUUCUGAAUUUCUUCUAUUUCAAGUUUAAUUUUCAUUCUUCGUUCGCUGCAAAGGAAGUGCAAGAAAAAUAAAAUAUGAAAAUCCUU